AAAUAAACAAGCUGAAUUCUAUGGGAGAGAAGCCAGGAGUCAGAGCGGAGUCAAACGUCCGUCCAGGCAGCGGAAGGCAGAAGCACAGUUGUUCUGGGGAAGGAUGUGCCUCUUUGGCUAAGGAGAAGUCUUGGAACUUCUUGAAUUGGGAAGAUAAAAGAUGAAGAAGAUGAUCUUUUAGAGGCUACUUGUACCAAUAGUUUGAGCUCCAAAGGCAUUUCAAUUCUGAUUUGGAGCCUGAAUUUGGGAAAGGAAGAAUCAACAAUAGUUGUCCAAGAGACAAGAUGUCCACCGUGCAUAUGUCUGAUGCCUGCCAAGGUCAGAAGAGGGUGUCGGAGAAACUUGCUUCUCGCCAUGUGAGAUGGAGUACGGCAAAUGUUUGAUCACUAAUCAGGAAGAAAAGUGGAAUUGUAUGAAGUAACUUUUUGGGUUUAUUUCUUUUUAAACUAAUAUAAAGAGAAAACUUUAUAUUAGUCCUUGCCUCUGUCCAACUCCAUAUUAGAAAUGGGAGUAACUGGGACCCCCAGCUAUUAUAGUGACAAGAACUGUACAAUAGAAAACUUCAAGAGGGACUUUUACCCUAUCAUCUACCUGAUAAUAUUUGUCUGGGGAGCCUUGGGAAAUGGCUUUUCCAUAUAUGUCUUCCUACAGACUUACAAGAAGUCCACAUCUGUGAAUGUUUUCAUGCUCAACCUGGCCAUUUCAGAUUUCCUAUUCAUAAGCACCCUGCCCUUCAGGGCUGACUAUAAUUUCAGAGGUUCUGAUUGGAUAUUUGGGGACUGGGCCUGCAGAAUUAUGUCUUAUUCUUUAUAUGUCAACAUGUAUACUAGCAUUUAUUUCCUAACUGUGCUGAGUAUUGUGCGCUUCCUGGCCACUGCCCACCCCUUCCAGAUGCUCCAUAUCACCAGCGUUAGGAGUGCCUGGAUCCUCUGUGGGAUUAUAUGGGUCUUCAUCAUGGCUUCCUCAGGACUGCUUCUGAAGCAUGGCCAAGAGAAGAAAAAUAACACUACAUUGUGCUUUGAGCUGAAUCUCCAAAAGUUUAAAAAUCUCGUCAUCUUGAACUACAUUGCAUUAGGGGUGGGCUUCUUGCUUCCAUUUUUCAUACUCACCAUCUGCUACCUGUUGAUCAUCCGGGUCUUGUUAAAGGUGGAGAUUCCAGAAUCAGGUCCACGGGAUGCUCAGAGGAAGGCACUGACCACUAUCGUCAUUGCCAUGAUCAUCUUCCUCCUCUGUUUUCUGCCAUACCAUGCACUUCGGACCAUCCACUUGGUCACAUGGGAUGCAGAUUCAUGUAUGGAUGAAUUACAUAAGGCCACGGUCAUCACUCUGACCUUGGCUGCAGCCAACAGCUGCUUCAAUCCCUUUCUCUAUUAUUUUGCUGGAGAGAAUUUCAAAGCACGAUUAAGGGCUAUAUUCAGCAAAGAUCAUCUAUAGAAAGCAAAGUCAAAGUGCAGCCUUCCUAUUUGUGUAUUACUGAAGACCAGAGUUAAGAGCAUAAGGGGCUGUUCUGGAGGUACGCUCAUGAACACUGGUGUCCACCUUCACUCACUCAGGGUCUCCAAAUUACUUCAUAUCUGUGUCAUAACCGACAAGUCUUGGUUCCUGACAUUUAAAUGACCACAACAUUUGCUAAUAAAGCCUAUUUCAGAAAUUUUAUUAGAUGUAUUUUUAGUGGUUGGGACUAAAUGAGAAAUUAGGAAAAAUAUUUCUACUGGAAUCUUGCAUGCUAAAAUGUGACAUUAGUAAAACAUGUUACACACAGUAGGCCAUGUUUUGCAUCAGAUAUUAUGCUAGCUCUUUGGCCCAGACAUUCUAAAUUCCUAACUUGAAGACAUUCUUAAGCACCCUAGCUUCUCCAAAUCCUUUCUCUCUUAAAGCUUUUAAGACACAGUCAAAUCGCCUGGAGGCCUGAGUGCAGCUAGAAGAGCAUCCCAAGGCCUCUGGGACAGGCUUUACUUUGAAGAGGAAAACUAUCUUCUAAUGCAAGUCAAGGUCCAGACAAGAUUGGCAAGAGAAAAAGGAGGAGAAGGAUUAAGGCCAGAGAGUGAAUGAUGAGUAGAAGUAAAGAGUAAUUUCAUCUUUGCCUCCAAGAGAUAGGUUCCAGCAGCCAAAUGGAAGAAUGUACCUUUUGUGUCUUACCAGGAGGUAGGCAGACUGAGGAGUGGGGCUGUGUUGGGAUCACAUCCCUAGGGGAUACAAGAAUCAUGUGUGGAAUAGGAAUGAGGAAUAGCCAUGGACAUGCAUCUCAUGAGACUCGGGACUGAACUGAUGUCAUUGUAGUCAUUGGCCCCUCCUAUUAACCCAUGGAGAUGACAAUUGAAGGAGGUGGACCAUCGGGAAAGGGGUGGGCAGAACGUGAGAAGUGAUGUAGAAAAAAGUCCUUGAUAAUAGAAAGAGACCCUUUCUAUCCACAGAAACUGGCUACAGAUACUACCAAUUAUUCACAUGACCUUUGUGUUGACUCCAACAGUCAAGUGCUGCAUCCUUCAGAAAUGCUGAAGAAAGCACAGAGAUUCCAUGGGUGGAGAACUUAAGAAGUGUGUCCAAGUCUACACAGCUGGUGAGCACUUUAAAAGCCCUGAGGAAAUGUUAACUUGGUGCUCUCCCCCUAACCCCUGUGAACCUCCAAAAAGUCUGCACGGAAACCCAUGGUCAAAGUCUGCAUGGAAACCCAUGGUCAAAGACUGCAUGGAAACCCAUGGUCAAAGACUGCAUGGAAACCCAUGGUCAAAAGUCUGCAUGGAGACUUUCUCUCUUGUCAGACACAUAUGCCUUUCUCAUCCUUACAAGGAAAGCAAGGUCUGGGGGCUGGAGAGAUGCUUUUGGGGUUAAUAGCACUUGUUGCUUUUAUAAAGGAGUCAAGCACUGACAUGGAGGCUCACAGCCAUCUUUAACUCCACAGGAUUUGAUGCUCUCUUGUGGCUCUGUGGGCAUGCACACAGUGUGGAGACAUACGUACAGACAAAACAUUCAUACAUGUAAAAAUCCUUAACAACCACAAAAAUAAUAAUGACAAUAGUCAUAAAACAAAGCAAUUUUUGGCUCCUGGCACAGCUUGGGGUGGAAGGGAGAUUGUGUUCUCAAGUUGGAGAGUACUACAGUAGUGUUAAUAUGAAACUACAAUUCUGUAACCUUCCUUUAUUUAGCUACCAGAAUGAUAGAGAGAUACCAGGGAAGACCUAGAACAUCUGCCUACAGGGCAACUCCUCUAUCCUAGAGACGAGGCUGACAGACACUUGGGAAUCCUCCAAUUCCAAAUCUGAAUGUCUACUCUCUCAUUUACCUAACAGCAAAGCCUAAAAUCUACAAUAGCCAACUUGGUCUAGUUCCACACUUGAUUAUAAACAAGUUAAUGACCACACAAUUUUUAGUGGAAAACCCCUUAACAUUUAAGGCACCAACAUUUUUUCAUUUUUUAUUGGUUAUUUUUUAAUUUACAUUUCAAAUGUUAUCCCCUUUCCCAGUUUCCCUUCCAUAAGCCCCCUAUCCCAUACCCUCUCCCCCUUCUUGUAUGAGGGUGUUCCCCCACCCACCCACUUACCCCUUCCCACCUCCCCACCUUGGUAUUCCUCUAUACUGGGGGAUCCAGCCUUGGCAGGACCAAGGGCUUCUCUUCCCAUUGGUUCCCAACAAGGCCAUCCUCUGCUACGUAUGCACUUGGAGAUACGGGUCUGUCCAUGUGUACUCUUUGGAUGGUGGUUUAGUCCCUGGGAGCUCUAGUUGGUUGGUAUUGUUGUUCUUAUGGGGUUGCAAAUCCCUUUAGCUCCUUCAAUUCUUUCUCUAACUCCUCCAACAGGGACCCUGUUCUCAGCUCAAUGGUUGGCUGCAAGCCAUCUGCCUCUGUAUUUGUCAUGCUCUGGCAGAGCCUCUUAGGAGACAGCUAUAUCAGGCUCCUGCCAGGAUGCACUUCUUGGUAUUAGCAAUAUUGUGUGGGUUCAAGGAACCAACAAUUAAGAGCACAGAGUGUGACAUUUUGAUAGAAAAGGUUUCAACAUUUUCUUAUAUCAGAAAGCACUGGGAUACUGCUCAAAACAAACAAGCAAGCAAACAAACAUGAGGAGACAGACAACCAAGACAAUGAUAGCACAACACAGUCAUUAGUAUGUUAGAGAAGAAAAGUGUUAGCUAAGAGCGUGAGUAAUAACUGGAGUCCACUGCAUAGUUGAGUAUUUUCACAGAGCAUGACACAUAGGAACACUAUGAUGAAUUCUCAGGAAAUGAGUGAGGAGGAUAGAUGUGGGGUAGGAGGAGAGGCACAAGAAGCUUGGGUGUACAUUCUCCACCAGAGAAAAGUUCA